AUGCGUCGACAUGCCGAGAAGCUAGCCCAGGCACUCUCACGGAUACGCAAGGACGCUCGACGUCCGAUCAUUUUCGUUGCCCAUGAUCUAGGAGGUAUCAUUCUCAAAUGGGCUCUCGUCAUUUGCCAUAAUGAGAGUUUGACAUCCAAGAGUAGCCUUCGUGACGUGGCCGUAUCCACGCAUGGAAUCUUAUUCUUUGGAACCCCGCACUCCGGCCUCGAAAAUACAAACAUUCUUGAAGGAAUCAACCUCUUGGCGUCGGUAUACAUGGAGACUACCGACAAUAUCAUCAAGGAUCUUCGAUCCAACUCGGCUGAACUCGAGAACAUUCAGAGUCUGUACGUCGCGGUGAGCGAGAAGAUCAACAGCAUCUUCUUUUGUGCGGAGUAUGCGACAUCAGGUAUUGGAAAUCGUGGAGAACUGAAUGUUCCAUAUCACUCAGCCACUAUCUCCGGUGACCGCAACGGGACGCCGAUCGUGCUUCAUGCGAAUCACCGCAACAUGGUUCGAUUUUCAUCCAAAGAUGACGAAAACUAUAAAACGGUUCAUCAUCGCCUCAAGGGGUACGUCGACAAUGCCCCCCUGGCAGUGCAGGAGAAGUGGGCAAUAGAGGACAAGCUUCGCACUGUAGCAAAUGAAGAAUAUGCUCCUCCAGAGGACAUACUGCCUAAACCUCGUCCAUCCGUAUCAAGGAGCUACAUCAAGCGAGAGGCAGUCCAGUCCCUCAUCACGCAGAAGUUGCUCUCGGGUGGUCAGGUGCAACGUCAACCAAGGUGUAUAUUACAUGGAAUCGGAGGGUCAGGUAAGACUCAACUAGCAACGAACUGGAUUGGAGAGAACGAAGCCAGGUUUACUCGAGUGAUUUUUGUCGACGCCUCCAGUCAGACGCAAAUUGAAGCAGACUUGGAGCAAUUUAUUCGCUCCUUGGGCCCGGAGUACAGAGCGAUGGGGUGGAAGGAUGCAAUUGCCUACCUCGACGGCAAGGAAAGAGGCUGGUUACUAUUCAUCGACAAUGCCGACUCUCCAAACCUCGACCUUGGCCCAUAUCUUCCCGCUUCCAUUCACGGGUUUAUUUUGAUCACCACGAGGAAUAGCGAGUGCAUAAGCUACGCUCCAGAUGGGGCUGUUGCUGUUGGUGAUCUCGAGGAAAACGAGGCGGUCAAUCUGCUUCACAAACUCGCCAAUGCCUCGCCUACAUCCAACACCAAGUCUAUCGAGAUCGUUCAGGAGUUGGGGAUGCUGGCGCUCGCGAUCACUCAAGCAGGAGUGUACAUUCGCAAGACACGGCGACUCGAAACGUAUGUGAACACGUUUCGAAAGCACCGAGACGAACUCCUGCGCAAGCAGCCAGAUUUCGGCAACGAGUAUACAUCGUCGACAUACACCGCAUUCGACCUGUCGUUCCACAAUUUGCCGGCGAAGACACAAGACUUCCUGAAGAUUUGCGCGUUUCUUCACCAUUCGCUCAUCCCGAUUUCAUUGUUUGAGCACUCGAUAGAGUCCAGCUUUACUACAUACACUGUUUUGAAUGACUUUCCUCCCCGAGAGUCUGACAAAACAUUUAUCUCAACGCUCCAGGAGAUUCUAGGCACGGCGUGGAACGAGGUCGCAUUCCAGGAGAUCAUUGACUCGGCAUCUCAAGCGUCAUUUAUCAAUGUUUCGAACGAUGGGUUAUUCUACACCGUGCAUCCACUCCUUCAGAUGUACAUCAAGGAUUAUCUUAACGAUGAAGAUAAUCGACACUAUGCGCGCACGGCGACCCAACUCGUACUGGGGGCAAUCCGGCCGUUGGAGGGUAGCAAUGGGCGGCUUUGGCAAUUGCUUCCACAUGCUAACAAUAUUCCUCGGUCAGUGCAAUCGGAGGAUGUGGCACAUGCAUUAGCCUUCUGCAAGCUUUACAACUCGUUGGGUGGCUGGAGGGCUUGCCAAGAACUGCUAAAAUGUGCACUCUCCAAAGUCCAGCAGCGUCACGGUCAACGGCACAAAAGCUCAAUAUGGGUGAUGGUCGCGCUUGGGGACAUGUUAGAGAAGUGUGGUCAGUCGGAAGAAGCAGAAAAGAUUGAGCGAGAGGUACUCGCUCUGCAGCUCGACAUUCUUGGACAGCGCCAUCCAGAUACCAUUUUGGCAAUGGGCAACCUUGCCAUCACCUUGAACCAGCGUGGUCAGUUGGACGAAGCAGAGAAGAUGAGGCGAGAGGUACUCACUCUGCGGCUCGACAUCCUUGGACAGUGCCAUCCACAUACCAUUUCGGCAAUGGGCAACCUUGCCGUCACCUUGAACCAGCGUGGUCAGUUGGACGAGGCAGAGAAGAUGAGGCGAGAGGUACUCGCUCUGCAGCUUGACAUCCUUGGACAGCGCCAUCCAGAUACCAUUUCGGCAAUGGCCAACCUUGCCAUCACCUUGAACCAGCGUGGUCAGUUGGACGAAGCAGAGAAGAUGAUGCGAGAGGUAUUCGCUCUGCAGCUCGACAUCCUUGGACAGCGCCAUCCACAUACCAUUUCGUCAAUGGGCAGCCUUGCCAUCACCUUGAACCAGCGUGGUCAGUUGGACGAAGCAGAGAAGAUGAUGCGAGAGGUACUCGCUCUGCAGCUUGACAUCCUUGGACAGCGCCAUCCACAUACCAUUUUGGCAAUGGCCAACCUUGCUGUCACCUUGAACCAGCGUGGUCAGUUGGACGAAACAGAGAAGAUUCAGCGAGAGGUACUCGCUCUGCGGCUCGACAUCCUUGGACAGCGCCAUCCAGAUACCAUUUCGGCAAUGGCCAACCUUGCUGUCACCUUGAACCAGCGUGGUCAGUUGGACGAAGCAGAGAAAAUGAGGCGAGAGGUACUCGCUCUGCAGCUCGACAUCCUUGGACAGCGCCAUCCACAUACCAUUUCGGCAAUGGGCAACCUUGCCAUCACCUUGAACCAGCGUGGUCAGUUGGACGAAGCAGAGAAGAUUCAGCGAGAGGUACUCGCUCUGCGGCUCGACAUCCUUGGACAGCGCCAUCCAGAUACCAUUUCGGCAAUGGCCAACCUUGCCGUCACCUUGAACCAGCGUGGUCAGUUGGACGAAGCAGAGAAGAUUCAGCGAGAGGUACUCGCUCUGCAGCUUGACAUCCUUGGACAGCGCCAUCCACAUACCAUUUCGGCAAUGGCCAACCUUGCUGUCACCUUGAACCAGCGUGGUCAGUUGGACAAAGCAGAGAAGAUUCAGCGAGAGGUACUCGCUCUGCAGCUCGACAUCCUUGGACAGCGCCAUCCACAUACCAUUUCAGCAAUGGGCAACCUUGCCAACACCUUGAACCAGCGUGGUCAGUUGGACGAAGCAGAGAAGAUGAGGCGAGAGGUACUCGCUCUGCAGCUUGACAUCCUUGGACAGCGCCAUCCAGAUACCAUUCGGGCAAUGGCCAACCUUGCUGUCACCUUGAACCAGCGUGGUCAGUUGGACGAAGCAGAGAAGAUGAGGCGAGAGGUACUUGCUCUGCAGCUCGACAUCCUUGGACAGCGCCAUCCAGAUACCAUUCGGGCAAUGAGCAACCUUGCCAUCACCUUGAACCAGCGUGGUCAGUUGGACGAAGCAGAGAAGAUGAGGCGAGAGGUACUCGCUCUGCGGCUCGACAUCCUUGGACAGCGCCAUCCAGAUACCAUUUUGGCAAUGGCCAACCUUGCUGUCACCUUGAACCAGCGUGGUCAGUUGGACGAAGCAGAGAAGAUGAGGCGAGAGGUACUCGCUCUGCAGCUCGACAUCCUUGGACAGCGUCAUCCGGAUACCAUUUCGGCAAUGGCCAACCUUGCUGUCACCUUGAGCCAGCGUGGCCAGUUGGACGAAGCAGAGAAAAUGAGGCAAGAGGUACUCGCUCUGCAGCUUGACAUCCUUGGACAGCGCCAUCCACAUACCAUUUUGGCAAUGGCCAACCUUGCCAACACCUUGAACCAGCGUGGUCAGUUGGACGAAGCAGAGAAGAUGAGGCGAGAGGUACUCGCUCUGCAGCUCGACAUCCUUGGACAGCGCCAUCCGGAUACCAUUUCGGCAAUGGCCAACCUUGCCGUCACCUUGAACCAGCGUGGUCAGUUGGACGAAACAGAGAAGAUGAUGCGAGAGGUACUCACUCUGCGGCUCGACAUCCUUGGACAGCGCCAUCCAGAUACCAUUUCGGCAAUGGCCAACCUUGCCGUCACCUUGAACCAGCGUGGUCAGUUGGACGAAGCAGAGAAGAUGAGGCGAGAGGUACUUGCUCUGCAGCUCGACAUCCUUGGACAGCGCCAUCCGGAUACCAUUUCGGCAAUGGCCAACCUUGCCGUCACCUUGAACCAGCGUGGUCAGUUGGACGAAACAGAGAAGAUUGAGCGAGAGGUACUCGCUCUGCGGCUCGACAUCCUCGGUCAGCGCCAUCCAGAUACCAUUUCGGCAAUGGGCAACCUUGCCUUCACCUUGUCUGAUCGUGGUCAGUUGGACGAGGCAGGAAGGAUUGAGCAGGACGUCCUUGCUCUGCGGCUGGAGACUCUCGGUCCGCGGCAUCCAACAACUCUCAAUGCCUCAUACAACCUCUCUAUCAUAUUAUGCAUGAAUAAUCAACUCAACGAAGCUGCAAGGCUCCUUCAAGACACCAUGGAACUACGCGUUGAAGUCUUGGAACUUGUGUGGGAACUCCUUCCUGGGAUCGAAUACGAGCUCAGCAUUGACAACUACCUCGCUGAGCGACGACGCCUCCAAGAUCUUGAGUGGCCACUCACCCGUCUCAUGCCCGGUGCAGCCAAACUCGUCCGACAGUUACAUAAGCACAGCAUCCCCAUGGCCAUCGCAAUUGGUUCCAUCAGACGUAAUUCGGAUCUAAAGACCCACCACGAAAAGUGCGAUCCCGAAAAGGUCGAAAUCUUUCGGUUAUUCGGCGACAAGAUUAUGUGUGGUGAUGACUCGGAGCAUGGAAAGGCUGUUUGGAGUACCGAAAAGGUUGUACGAGGCAAUCCAUUUCCGGAUAUUUUUCUCUGUGCAGCAGAGUUGAUUGGCAGAAAUGUUGGAAGGGAGGAGCACGAUAUCAGCAAACAAGAGAAGCUUGAGAGGAGCAAAGGUUUGGUCUUCGAAGACGGAAUCCCGGGUGUUUUGGCUGGCAAAGCAGCUGGGAUGCAAAUCGUUUGGGUACCGGAUCCAAAUCUACUCGCCGUCGACUCGUCCUUGGACGUGACCAUGCUUUCCUCCCUAGAGCAGUUUCAACCUGAGGAAUGGGGCCUUCCUGCGUACGAUUCGGACCCAAAAGCAUCUUAA